AUGCUUUCCGUCGAGAUCGCCGUCAGCAACAGAGGCGACGGAACAAUCAUCAAGAAGAUCGCCAGUGCGUUUUCGAACGUUUUCGGUCGGAAUCGGGCAGAUGUUUCAGGUCAUAAAGUGGACGAAAACGCGAAGGAUCUGAAUUUGAUGCGCGAGAGAGUGCUGAGAGUUUGGCAAUUCGAGAAUGCUCCGCAGCUCGAGUCUGUUAUUUUUCCGGGAUAUUUGAAAAGGAAACUCCAUUUUCAGAAGUGUCUCGCUCCGUUGGAAUCUGUUGAAAAAGAUUGAGAGCUUUGAGUGUUUGACGGCUUUGACCAGUCUGAAUCUCAAUGAUAACCAGGUCAAUGUAAAGUUGAAAUGGGAAACUGAACGGGGGAAUUCAGAUUGAGAAAUUGGAGAAUCUGGAGACGCUGGUCAAUUUGGAAUUCCUCGACGUCUCCUACAAUCGCAUCCAGAAGAUCGAAGGGCUGACCGAGCUGAGAAAGCUGAAAGAGCUCCAUUUGGUGCACAACAAGAUUGCGGUCAUUGAGGGAUUCGAGGAGGUGAAUCGGAUGAAUCAACGUCGGCCGAAUGGUAUUUGCAGAACACGGAACUCGAAUAUUUGGAGAUCGCCGACAAUCGCAUCCGCAAAAUCGAGAACUUGUCGCAUUUGACGAAACUGAAACGCCUCUACAUGGGAUCCAAUCAGAUUCGUAAAAUCGAAGGUCUCGACACGCUGACCAAUUUGAUCGAACUGAGCCUCGUCUCGAACGCUCUUCAAGUGAUUGAGGGACUCGACCGUCUCUCCGGAUUACGGUCGCUCGUUUUGGCUCAGAACGGUAUCAGAAAGAUCGAUGGGUGAAUUGAAGACUUCGAGACGAAAUUUGAGAAUCAAUAUUGCAGACUUUCCGGGCUGACCUCCCUUUUCACACUGGAUUUGAAUGACAACAUCAUCGAGAAAAUUGAGAAUGUUGACCAAAUUAAAGGAGUCAAAAACUUGUUGCUUCGAAAGAACAAGGUUUUAUUCUCUCAAAAGUCCUAUUUUUCUCACUAUUGUCGUUCAGUUUGACUCGUGGCAAGACUUGUAUCAACUGCUGCAAAUGGACGAUCUCACCGGAUUGGUGAUGGAAAUGAACCCGCUUUACAGGUACUACCGGUCAAAUUCGUCAUUUUUCAAUUUCCAUUUCAGCUCGGAUUACACGUACCGCAACCGGAUGACUCAGAUCCUUCCGGACCUGAAAAUGCUAGACGGACUGCCCAUUUCGUGGCGUCGCGGAGAUCCUUACCAGGCGCUCAGCGAAGAUUUUCACGAGAUUUUCAAUCGACUCACUAUCAAUUGA